UGGAGAGAGACUACUCACAUCCACACAGGAAGUGUGUCAUCGUGUGCAACUCACCCCAGAACAGACGCGUCGCCGAUAUGACCUCAUACGUCUCCAUCUUCUGCCUUUGGCUGCUGUGCCUCUUCUGCUGCUCCAGCUUGAUUCAGGGAGAACUGGCUCUGGACUGCUGCCUGAAGGUCGGCCACAACCCUAUACCCAAGAGCAUUGUCAAGAGAUACGAGAAGCAGGUCAAAGGUCAAGGCUGUAACAUCGACGCUGUUGUCUUCACCAGCAUGCAGAACUUCAAGCUGUGCGCGCCAGCAGAUCAGAGCUGGGUGAAAGCUCUCAUGAUCAACGUGGACAGAAAGCUGAAGCGGUGCUCGAAGAGGAACUUCCAGCCUAAGUGGUGUCAGGGCCUGCAGCAGUAACCGGGCUGCCCGGAUGUGGCCGGGGGAACGAGGCUGAGCGGGGCGCUAUCCUCCACAGCCUGCACUGCCCGGCAGACAACCUGAACCAAUGUGAAUCCAACGCUUUUAUACUCUUCUGAACAACGCACUUUUAUGUUCUUCCUCUAUCAAAUCUGACCCUCAAAUCCAAAUCCAGGCCUAGUUUUCUUUUCACCAGAUAAAGGGAGGGUGGAAAACCAGCAGUUCUCAGCUCAUAAGGAUCAUGAUUCUCAUAUUUAAGAGGCUGCCUCUUUUGCCUCUUAGCUUUAAAAUCCCACCUCUCACCAUCACCACAUUCAUUCUCAGAUUAUACGACUGCUCCCGAAAUUACAUUACAUAUAAUUACGAAGGUCAAAUUAGGAUUUACAGUAAAGAUAGUUCUGUCUCUUAGCCAACAGGUUUGAGAGUCAAGCUUUGUGAGCACUGUCGAGACCGAAGCUACCAAGCAUUGCCAAUAACAAUAACUCAUAAUCAUCCCUCUUUUCGAGGUCCCCUGAAACCACAUUACGUUAUAUUCACUGACAAAAGUUACCUUCAGGAACACAAACAUUCAAUAUCGCCAAGAUUUGUAAACCAACAAUUUGUAAAUUCAGUGAAGCCACUUAUUAACACAACGCUGCCAAUGUCUCAGUGCACUGUGUGUCUGUACGUGAGCUGUAAGACGAUCAUGUGACUGUGUAUGGUACUACAGUACUGUAUGUGCAGCUAUCUCUGUACUCUUUUCAUAAUGGCAUACCCAAUAAAAUUCCUCAGGAAAAACUCAUUAUCUUGUGUCAUGUUUUCCUAUCAGCCUGUCUCCCAACACAGUCACCUAAGCUCAAACUUCAUUUUCGAACUGUAUUUUCAGUCAGGACCGUGAAGUCAUCCUGAGUUGAUUUUUAAUAAUUGUUUUGUUUAAGCAUAUGCAUGUGUGCCUUGUGAAUCCUUUAAAAUGUUUUUCUUUUUUAAUAAAGAGAAUUUAAUCCAC